GUGUAUUUUUCCUCUGUCUGGAAUGUGUGUGUGUGUGUGUGUGUGUGUGUGUGCGUUGACUCAAUAGCUCCUUAGUUUCUCUCAGUGUGUCGGACGGUGCCUCUGAUUUCUCCACGAGUUGAUGAAAAUGGAUAAAUCAGCUCAAACUCUGCUCCUCGUCCUCAUCGGUGUGUGUUUUAUCGGCGAGUCCACGAUACACACAGCUCUGAUGGACAAACUGGCGGACACAAAGAUCUGUGCAGACCGUGACUGCUCAUAUGUGAUCUCAGUGGCUUCGGCUCUUGAGGAUUACGUGGCUCCAGACUGCAGAUUCAUCAACCUGAGGAGAGGACAGAAGAUCUAUGUGUUUUCUAAACUCCGGCCUGCAGAGGGCGCUGGAGUCUUCUGGUCUGGAAGUGUUUACGGUGAGCGUUAUGUGGAUCAGAUGGGCAUCAUCGGUUAUUUCCCCAGUAAUUACAUCAACGAGACGCAGGUUUUUCAGAAGCACACUGUGGAGAUCCCGACAACAGACGUGGACUUCUUCUGUGCUUAAAAACAACUUCACCCCAGCGGUCUUCAUGCUUUAUGACUUCAAUUGUUGGUCACACUUUAAAAUAAGGCUCCGUUAGUUAAUGUUAUUUAAAAAAACAUGACACAAGACAUGCAUAGUUAUGGUAAAGGCAUGUGCUAAAUUAUUAUAAUCAAAUGCAUGUAUUAAUAUAGAAGUUUGAUGAUGAGAAGGAUUAAAAAAAGAUUGAUAUGUUUAUAUUUCUGCUAAAUAAAAUAUCUUACAGCUUGGCAUAUAAGAAAA